GAGAUGACGGCAUCGACAUCGAAACCCCAAACGACGACGGCGAAGAAAUGGGCGGCGCUUCUCCCAACGACGCCAAUUCCAUCGGCAGUGGCAGCGGCGGCGACGCCACUUCUUUCUUCUCCCUCCACACCUACCUCCCCGACGGGGACAUCGAUCUCGAACCCUACGAGGGUAUGGAGUUCGAGUCCGAGGAGUCCGCAAAAGCCUUCUACAACUCGUACGCGAGGCGAGUUGGGUUCAGCACCCGGGUCAGCUCCUCACGCCGCUCCAGAAAAGACGGCGCCAUCAUACAGAGAUCAUUCGUCUGUGCAAAAGAAGGGUUUCGCAAUCUGAACGAAAAACGAACCAAAGAUAGAGAAAUCAAACGACCUAGAACCGUAACUCGGGUAGGCUGCAAAGCCUCAUUAUCCGUCAAAAUUCAAGAUUCUGGAAAAUGGGUCGUCUCGGGUUUCGUCAGAGAGCACAACCACGAGCUUGUUCCUCCAGACCAAGUGCAUUGCCUCCGCUCCCACCGCCAAAUAUCAGGCCCCGCCAAAACCUUGAUCGACACUCUUCAGGCUGCCGGAAUGGGCCCGCGGAGGAUCAUGUCCGUGCUCGUUAAAGAGUAUGGUGGGAUUAGCAAAGUAGGCUUCACCGAAGUGGAUUGCAGAAACUACAUGCGUAAUAAUCGGCAAAGAAACAUGGAGGGGGAUAUUCAGCUUCUAUUAGACUAUCUAAAGCAGAAGCAAUCCGAAAAUCCUUCGUUCUUCUACGCUAUCCAAGGGGAUGAAGAUCAGUACACGGGUAAUGUUUUCUGGGCCGAUCCGAAAUCAAGAUCCGAUUAUAACCAUUUUGGAGAUACAGUCACAUUCGACACUACUUACAGAUCGAAUAGGUAUAGAUUGCCCUUUGUGCCAUUUACUGGAUUGAACCAUCAUGGACAACCUGUGCUCUUCGGCUGUGCUUUCCUAAUCAACGAAUCGGAAGCAUCAUUCGUGUGGCUAUUCAAAACUUGGCUGUCUGCUAUGUUUGGCCGUUCUCCAUUAUCAAUCACCACCGAACACGAUAGUGUCAUCCGCUCGGCUAUAAUGCAGGUUCUCCCAAAUACUCGCCACCGUUUCUGCAAAUGGCACAUGUUCAAACAGUGCCAGGAGAAACUGUCACAUGUUUAUUUCGACACGAUGAACACUUCUCCGGUUCUGAAAACUCCUUCUCCAAUGGAGAAACAAGCAUCGGAGUUCUACACGAGAAAGCUGUUUACGAGAUUUCAAGAGGAAUUGGUCAGCACACUCACUUUUACAGCAUCCAAAGUGGAUGACAAUGGAGAAGUCACCACUUAUCGAGUGGCGAAAUUUGGUGAAGAGCAUAAAUUUUACCAUGUGAAUUUCAAUGUUCUUGAGAUGAAAGCUAGUUGCAGCUGUAGAAUGUUCGAGUUUUCAGGGCUUCUUUGCAGACACGUGUUGGCGGUUUUUAGGGUGACAAAUGUUCUUACACUUCCGUCUUAUUAUAUAUCGAAAAGAUGGACGAGAAAUGCGAAAAGUAGCGUUGUAUUGGAAGAACGGGCUAUAGAUCCGUUCAACGGUUAUUUGGAGUCUCAUACCGUUCGGUACAAUACCCUCAGGCACGAGGCUUUCAAAUUUGUGGAUGAAGGAGCUGAGUCUGUUGAAUCAUACAAUGUGGCUAUGGCGGUUUUGAUGGAGGCUUCGAAUAAAGUUGCUUUUGCUGUAAAGAAUGAGGGGAAAGCUUCUGUGAAUAAUGGUCCUAUGAGGAAUAAGUCGAGUUAUUGUAGGAGCGAAGGUGAAGGCAGCUCAACUCAGCAACUAUCUGAGGUUUGUUAUUUCUCUAACUUAUACUUUGUGAAGUUGCGGGCUUUUUCUACUUCUUAA